GAGAAAAAAAAGAGAGAAAAUGGAGAGAAUCAUUGGCGUCGAGUAUAUUUCCCCGUCUGCUGGGCGGCGUCGACUCCCGUCUCGUCUCCUCCCCGAGCUCGCCGCCUGCGCCGAUCUCCCGCGAGCGGCGGCGCGUCGUCCUGCUGCUUCUUCUCCCGCGUCCUCACCGGUUUGGGUUUAGAUCCGGCGCUGGUUCGUGGUGGCUCGGUGUUGAAUUUGCUCGAAUUCUGAGCUGCUGCUGCUGACUUUGCGGCCUUACAGGCGAGCUGAUGAUGGCGAACGCGAAGCUACCGAAGCAGGCGCUGCUGCCGCCGCGUAGCCCGUUCCCGACCGCGGCGCCGUCGCCGUACGCCGGGGACCACCACGGCCCGAUCGCGCGGCCGCAGGGCGCCGCGCACCACAGGCACGGGCACCACCACCAGCGCACGUCGUCGGAGAGCUUCAUCGACGAGCAGCCGUCGUGGCUCGACGACCUGCUCAACGAGCCUGAGACCCCGGUGCGGCAGCACGGCCGGGCCGGCCACCGCAGGUCGUCGAGCGACUCCUUUGCGCUGUUCGAUGGCAGCUCGGCGGCUGGAGCCUAUGCGAAUGGUUUUGAGGGGAUGGGCGGUGGUGGGCAGGCCGCGCCGUGGGGCGGAGUGCAGGAGUACUACGCGAAGCCAGGCUCGUUUGGUAGGCAUCAAGGCCGGCCAUGGGAGCAGGGCAUGGGCAAUUUGGUGAAUUACAGGCAAGGUGGGGGCCCGCCGAUGCCGGCAAAGGAGAAGGUUGGUGGGCAUCAUGGGUCAGUGAGCGUGCUGAGGGAUCAUGAUCAUGGCAUGGACAGGAGGUCUUCGGAUGAAUCUGGGCAUGAUCAAAAGGUUGGGGCAGAGAGGAAGGAGGGCGUGCCUCCGAAGCAUGCACAAUCAGAGGCAGACACCAAGCGCGCUAAACAGCAAUAUGCUCAGAGGUCCCGUGUCCGGAAGCUCCAGUAUAUUGCAGAGCUUGAGAGAAAAGUUCAAGCAUUGCAGUCAGAAGGGAUAGAUGUGUCUGCUGAAAUGGAAUUUCUUAGUCAACAAAAUAUUAUGCUUGACUUGGAAAAUAAAGCCUUAAAGCAAAGGCUAGAAAGUCUAGCUCAAGAGCAAUUAAUUAAACGCUUUCAACAGGAGAUGUUUGAGCGGGAAAUUGGUCGUCUCCGAUCAUUGUACCAGCAGCAGCAGCAACAGAAGCAGCCGCAACCUACUACUCCUCUUAAUCGAAGUAACAGCAGAGACCUGGAUUUGCAGUUUGCAAAUCUGUCUCUGAAACACAAAGACCCCAACUCAGGGCGUGAUGCUGUCUCUGGGUCUCUUCGUACUUAGUACUCGUCGGUCUUGUGAGUUCCACAGAAGUUGCCACGACUCCUAGACCACUAUUUGUGUCUUUCAUAUGCAUCAAGAAAGGAGCAGGCGCACCUGGAAUUGUAUACCCCAUCCAUGGUGAAUAACACUGGAAAGGCUAAUAACUAUGGAUCUGAUCUUUAUUCUUUCAGAGUAUGCACCUGGCGGUCAUCCUCAGCUCACUUCCAUUGUUGAUGCUCGACCAGUCGGAGGUGUUUAGGGUUUUCUUUGUAGCUUGAUGCUUUUAUUGCAUCGCUGUACCAUUUCGGAAUGCUAGUGUUCUAAUUUGUUCCUACGGUUAUGUUUUCUAUGAUGCCAUCUUCAUGUAUGUUAGCUGUAUUUGGAUUAGUCUGCCUUACAAAUGGAAUGUGGAGCACUAGUCAGCAUCUGGUACAGAUGCUUUGAAAUUGUGCCACAUCCUUGAGAACUGUAUGUGUUGUAACAUUGUUAUUCAAUAAGCUAGUGCAAAUGAAGUGUUAGCGUUGUUCAGUGUU